AUGGCUACCCAAGAUCAAGACAUGCAUGACGUCACUGGGGACACUACCCAGAACACCACUCAAGACGUACCCAACCCCGAACGCAUCAAUGUCAGGGUAGCGAUCGAUGUAACCAAAGGCGACGAAAAGAACCGGUAUUGGCAAUCCCUCAACAUUGCUUUCCCAGAAACGUACUUUGACCUUUGCGAAGAGCUAAGGCUAUCGCACUGGCGGGUGCAGGCCGUCAGGCAGGAAUGGGGGUACAGGGAAUCUCAACCUUUUGUAUGCUGGGCAGAUGUGCCGCGUCAGACGGCAAUGAACGCGGAUAACUGGGCGAGCAAUUUGCGAUUGAUGUGUCAGCGCAGGAAAGGGGACUACAUUCGUCUUGAUUCGACGUAUUCCUUGGGGGCCGCGGCUUGA